AGAAAUCCCGGCCCAGCCACAGAGGAAGUGCGCGUGCCCGAUGGUGCAAUGAUGUGUCUUGAUUUCCCCGGAGUGAGGGGUGGGGGUGGGUCUCCCCGCACAGUUGUGGGGUGGAGAUGCUGCAGGGAGCGGUGGCCCAGGACAGGCCCGUUUUCUCCUCCUUCACUGGCCUCUGCUCUUGUUCUUUCCUUUGAAGCAGCAGGCGCUGCCCAGAGUCGCAGCCCUGAUACCAGGCUAGAUGGGCCCCUGCUCUCACUGGCCUGGCAGGUCCUGAGCAGCAGCUUGUGCAUCCCCAGGUGAAGCCAUGUGUGUAGCUGGCUUGGGGGUGGGCUUUCCAGGGUUGCGGGGGUCUGUUCCCAUGGGCAGGGCAGUGAAUAUGCUGUGUGUGGAGAACCUGCAGAAGUGCCCGUCUCUCUGUAUGGGAGCAGGGAUGGAGGAGAUGUGGGGGGCUGGAGGAAGUGGUGACCAAACCAGAGCAGACUGGGGGAGAGCAGCCAGGACUGAGUGUGGGAGUCUUGUUUCAGAGCCUGGACGCGCAGGGAGGUGGCCAGGGGCAUCUACCAGGCAGAGCUGACCCUGUACGGAGACCCAGUGCGGGAAGACAUGCGGGAGCCGAAGUUCACAGCUGCUGUGGCCUUGGCAUCUCCUUCUGCCCUUUCCUGCUAGAGCAAAGAGCUGCCAGAAAUCUCCUUGUGGCUGUGUUCGGCUGCCCAGCGCAGUGCUCUGUAGCUCCAGCGAACCAUCCUGGUCAGACAGUUCUCAAGCUGCACUGGGAAACUAGCAGGCGACGGAGCCAUGAGUGAGAGCGAGGAGGGGGCUCCCCACCUGGACAGGAUCAGGCCAGAGAGCGAGGAGGGGAUUCCCCAGAAAGAUGGUGCCAUGAGUGAGAGUGAGGAGAGGGCUCCCCGCCUGGAUGGGAUCGGGACGGAGAGCCAGGAGGGGGCUGGGACAGUGGAGCCACAGGGGAACGCUUGCUGGAGCCAGAAGCAGACUGAGGGACAGUGGGGCAUCAGCCGCUUCGAGGUGAGACCAACAAUCUGUGCCGAGUGCGGGGAGAGCUUUGGGGAUGAUGUGGCUCUGCUGACCCACCAGGGGAUGCCCUGCAGAGGUGCGGUAGCGAAGCCGUUUGGCUGUUCCGGCUGUGGGCGGCGGUUCAGCCGCAGCUCCAACCUGCUGCGCCACCAGCGGGUACACACAGGUGAGCGCCCCUUCACCUGUGCUGACUGCGGCCGGUGCUUCAGCCAGAGUGCUCACCUGGCCAAGCACCGGCGCCUCCAUGGCACCGCGGGGCUCCCCACCCCGCCAGCGGAGCGCAGCUACAGCCGCAGCCCCGAGUUCCUGCGGUUCCAGCGGGCCCACGCCGGGCAGCGCCCCUUUGCCUGUCCUGACUGCGGCAAGCGAUUCAGCGCUGGCUCCUCCCUGGUGCAGCACCAGCGCAUCCACACGGACGAGCGCCCUUUUCCCUGCCCCGACUGUGGCAAGCGCUUCCUGCGGGCCCCGGACCUGGCGCUGCACCAACGCAUCCACACGGGCGAGCGCCCCUUCCCCUGCCCUGACUGCGGCCGGCGCUUCAUCCGUGGCCCCGACCUGGCACUGCACCGGCGCACCCACACCGGGGAGCGCCCCUACCAGUGCGGCCAGUGUGGGCGCCGGUUCAGCCGCGGGCCCGGCCUCCUGCUCCACCAGCGCACGCACACCGGGGAGCGCCCCUACCAGUGCACCCAGUGCGGCCGCCAGUUUAGCCGCAGGUCCAACCUGGGCCGCCACCUGGCCACCCAUUGCAUGCUGCGGGGGAACCCCACCCCAGGGGGAGAGUCCAGUGCAGAGACUCUCAGGCAGCAGGGAAUUGCUGUGGAGGGGGAGGAGUCCCAAGGGCUAAAGGGCCGGAGCUCAGAGGCUGUGACUCAGCAGGGAAUCCCUGUGGAGGGGGAGGAGUCCCAAGGGCUAAAGGGGCGGAGCUCAGAGGCUGUGACUCAGCAGGGAAUCCCUGUGGCGGGGGUGGAGUCCCAAGGGCUAAAGGGGCGGAGCUCAGAGGCUGUGACUCAGCAGGGAAUCCCUGUGGAGGGGGUGGAGUCCCAAGGGCUAAAGGGGCGGAGCUCAGGGGCUGUGACCCAGCAGGGAAUCCCUGUAGAGGGGGAGGAGUCCCAAGGGCUGAAGGGGUGGAGCUCAGAGGCUGUGACCCAGCAGGGAAUCCCUGCAGAGGGGGAGGAGUCCCAAGGGCUGAAGGGGUGGAGCCCAGGCUCCCUGGUGGCUCCCCUGGGGAAGCGCCACGGCUGCCCAGACUGUGGGAAGGGCUUUGCCCAGCGCUCACACCUGCUGGUUCACCGGCGGGUGCACACCGGGGAGCGCCCCUUUCCUUGCCCGGAGUGCGGCAAGCACUUCAGGCAGAGCUCGGUGUUGGCCCGACACCGGCGCACCCACACGGGCGAGCGCCCCUUCGCCUGCGGGGACUGUGGCCGGCGCUUUGCGGAGAGUGCAGUGCUGCUCCGGCACCGGGCUGUGCACUCCGGCGAGCGCCCCUACUGUUGCAUGGACUGUGGCCGGGGCUUCAGCCUUCGUGCUAACCUCCUCCAGCACCGGCGGCUCCAUGCCCGGCAUCCCCACGUCUGCACUGACUGCGGUAAGGCCUUCAGUGAGGCCGCAGCCCUGGCUGCCCACCAGGGCACCCGGCAUGGGGCCGGCAAACCCUUUGCCUGCACCGGCUGCGGCAAGCACUUUGGUCGCAGCUCCACGCUGGCUCGGCACUGGCGCAUCCACGCUGAGCGGCCCCACGAAUGCUCCUGCUGUGGCCGCAGAUUUGGGGAGAGUGCCGAGCUGGCGCAGCACCUGCGGGUGCACAGCGAGACCCCCUAUGAGUGCGCCCGAUGCGGGGAGCGCUUUGCCCAGAGCCACGCGCUGAUCACACACCAGGCCAUCCAUGCCGAGCCAAGCCACGGACAGCGCCACACUGCCCAUGCCAACCCGUCCCCCCUCGCCAAGCAUGGGGACAACGUCCUGCCCAAGUCCCCAGCUGUGUCCCACCAUAGACUCCACACGGGAUAGGAGCCAGGAGAGAGCCCCGGACUCCUGGCUCCCAGCGCCCCCCCCCCAACCCAUUAGACCUCAUGCCCCUCCUAGAGCCAGGGAUAGAACCUAGGACUUCUGGCUCCCAGCCCCCCCUGCUCUGACCACUAGGUAAGGAGUGGGCAAACUACAGCCUGGCAGCCGCAUCUGGCCCUUCAAGUGUUUUAAUCCAGCCCUCGAACUCCAGCCAGGGAGUGGAGUCGGGGGUUUGCCCUGCUCUGUGUGUGCUGUGUCUCCAGGCAGCUCCCUGAAGCAGCCAAUGUCUCCCAUCCAGCUACUACAUGUAGGGGCAGCCAGGGGCUCUGCAUGCUGCCCCUGCCCCAAGUGCCGCCCCUGCAGCUCCCAUUGGCUGGGAACAGAGGCCAAUGGGAGCUGCAGGGACAGUGCAGUGUAUAGAGCCGCCUGCCACGUCUCCAUGUAGGAGCCAUAGAGGGGACUUGCCGCUGCUUUCAGGAGCUGCUUGAGGUAAGCGCUACCUGGACCCUGCACCCCUCAUAUGCCCCAACCCCUCAGUCCCAGCACCUUCCCGCACCCCCAACCCCUCAUACUCAGCCCCACCCUAGAGCCUGCGCCCCCCCCCAUCCCAACCCCCUGCCCCAGCGUGGAGCCCCCUCCCAGACCCUGAACUCCACAUUGCUGGCCCCUCCCCAGAGCCUGCACCCUCACGCGCUCCUGCACCCCAACCCCCAAUUUCGUGAGCAUUCAUGGCCUGCCAUACAAUUUCCAUACACAGAGGUGGCCACUGGGCCAAAAAGUUUGCCCACCCCUGCACUAGACCCCACUCCCUUCCCAGAGCCCAGGAGUCCUGGCUCCCAAUCCCCCCUGCUCUAACCCACUAGACCACACACCCAUUCCCAAGCCAGGGAUAGAACCCAGGUGUCCUGGCUCCCAGUCCCCCCAUUUCUAACCCACUAGACCCCAAACCUCUCCCAGAGCCUGGGAUAGAACCCAGGCAUCCUGGCUUCCAAUCCCCCCUGCUAUAACCACCUUGGAGCCAGGUUGAGGGGCAUCUUUCUCCCUGCAGGUGCUGUGGAGCUCCAGCCUUUUUGGCCGUAAGGGGGGUGGGCAGCCAGCUCCAUCUGAGUGGGGUCCGUGGGGAACGGUACCUUCCAAAGGCGCAUGUAAUGUGAUACAGAGGCUGUUGGAGACACUAAAUGAAGCAGGUCUAUGUCACGAA